CGACGCCCCCAUCCCCUCCACACUCUUCUUUUCUUCGCUCCUGCUCAGUCUCGCCCCAAUCACACGCGCAUUCCACUUCAGCUCCCGCCCGUUCAAAAAAAAAAAAAAAAAAAACUUCAGCUCCCGCAAUGUCCAUUCCCGCCCUCCGUUCCUUCCCCACCGUCUACGGCGUGAAGCGGAGCACCCGCCUUGUCCGACGCCAUUCCCGGCUCGGCGGCGGCCUCCGGGCCAGCUCCGUCGCAGUGAACGGGGAAGUGGGGCUGGGCAGCAGGAGUACUGAGAAGAAAGAGGACGCGGUGAAGGAGGUCGCCGACGAGGAGGACAGUGGACUGGAGCCUCUCUACGAUGAUGGGUUCGGGGCCGUGACCGUGAAGGACUACUUUGCGGCAGCCAAGGCCCUGUCCAAGGACGACGGAGGCCCGCCUCGGUGGUUCUGCCCCGUGGAGUCAGGCCAUCCGGCGGUGGAGGAUGCGCCCCUGCUGCUCUUCUUGCCAGGAACCGACGGCGUUGGGAUGGGACUCAUUUUGCACCACAAGUCUUUGGGCAAGGCCUUUGAGGUUCGUUGCUUGCAUAUACCAGUAAAUGAUCGUACUCCAUUUGAAGGGCUACUACAAAUUGUCGAACAAUCUAUCCAACAUGAGCAAGAUUUGUCACCAAACAGACCGAUAUAUCUUGUUGGAGAUUCGUUUGGCGGAUGUCUGGCGCUUGCAGUGGCAGCUCGUAAUCCACAAACUGAUUUGGUCCUCCUACUGGUAAACCCAGCAACGUCAUUUGCAAAGACUCCAUUGCAGCCAAUAUUGCCUCUUCUGGAAGCAAUGCCAAGCGACCUUCAUGUUACAGUUCCAUAUCUUCUCAGCUUUGUAAUGGCUGACCCUCUGAAGAUGGCUAUGGUUAGCAUUGAGAACAACCUUUCUCCUCCAGAAACUCUUCAAAAGCUGGCAGAAAAUCUCACUUCUUUGCUUCCUUUGCUUUCAGAAUUGGCAGAUAUCAUUCCAAGGGAUGCACUUUUGUGGAAGCUUAAGAUUCUUAAGUCAGGAGCAGCCUAUGCCAACUCCCGUCUUCAUGCUGUACAGGCCGAAGUUCUACUUCUUGCCAGUGGAAAAGACAAUCUUCUUCCGAGUGGAGAAGAGGCAGAUCGACUCUUCAAGACACUGAAGAACUGCAGAGUUCGAUACUUCAAGGACAAUGGCCAUACCCUACUCUUGGAGGAUGGUAUCAAUCUAUUAUCUGUCAUAAAAGGUGCAAACAUGUACCGUCGUGGCAGACAACGGGACUUUGUGACUGACUACCUCCCCCCUACACUAAAUGAGUUCAAGAAAACAUUUGAUGAAGAUAACAAAUUGUUUCACCUUGCACUGAGCCCAGUCAUGAUGUCUACACUGACAAACGGCAAAAUUGUCCGUGGCCUCGCUGGUGUUCCUGACCAAGGUCCUGUCUUGUUUGUGGGUUAUCAUGCACUGAUGGGGAUCGAGUUAAGCCCAUUGUAUGAAGAAUUUUUGAAGGAGAAGAACACCGUUGUCCGUGGCCUUGGUCAUCCAGUGUUGUUUGGAGCAAGUAAUGAGACCUCGCGUCAGGAGUUGUCUCGGUUUGAUACAGUUUCUAUGUACGGCGGAUUGCCGGUCACUCCAAUCAAUAUGUACAGGCUGUUCGAGAGAAAUCAGUAUGUUCUCCUCUAUCCAGGUGGUGUUCGGGAAGCUCUACAUAGAAAGGGUGAAGAAUAUAAGCUGUUUUGGCCGGAUCAACCAGAAUUUGUAAGGAUGGCAGCAAGGUUUGGUGUUACCGUCGUUCCAUUUGGGUUUGUCGGAGAAGAUGAUGCAUUAGAGUUGGUUCUGGAUUACAAUGAUCAAAAGAACAUUCCGUACCUUCGGGAGUGGAUUGAGUCAAUCAACAAAGACAGCCAAAGAGUGAGAGAUAGUGUCAAAGGAGAAGAAGGGAAUCAAGAUAUGUACCUACCUGCUAUUGUUCCCAAAGUACCUGGACGGUUCUACUACUUGUUUGGCAAACCAAUCAAAAUGAAAGGGAUGAACAAUGUUCUGAGAGAUAGGAAGAGCGCAAACGAAGUGUAUUUACAUAUCAAAUCAGAAGUCGAUAAUGCAUUGGCAUACUUAAAAAGGAAGAGGGAGGAAGAUCCUUACAGGAGUAUAUCGCAGCGUGCUGUGUACCAGGCCACUUGGGGUUUUUCUGCUCAGGUCCCAACUUUCGAACCAUAGACUAGGUGCAAAUAUAUUCCUGUGAUAGAUGACUGCACAUUGGCAGUUUGGCAUAAGCAGAAACGGAAGAACAGCUAGCACUUUCUGCGGAGGAAGUUAGGGCAAGCUUUCUGCAAAUCCCAGUGUACAACUCUAACAUUAGUUAAGCAUUCAGAAAGAAGAUAUCCAUUAUAGCAAAGUACAUAAUGCGUAGAGAACAUACAUUGAGCAUUUUCUUAUAGUACGUUUGACUGAUAUAUGUUACUUACUCAUUGAUAGUGAUUAAUUCACACAAUAUGCUACUGAUUUUUUCAA